AUGGAUGACUACCUGCAGAGCUUCCCCAGCAUAGAAGAGGCGAAGAGAGUGUCGAGCGAAGUGAACCACGUACACAAGAAAGCUCGCUUCGAGCUGCGCGGCUGGGCUACGAACGAACCCGAGGUCAUCGGCAAGAAAGAGCGAGAGGGCGUCACCGUCUCUAUCGGCGGGAGCGAGAUAGAGAAAACACUCGGCCUACUGUGGGACACGCAAGAGGACUGCAUUCGUUUCAAACUCAAUACGAGACGAGCGCCGCCAGAAGUGAUCAAAGGUCAACGCCCCCCUACGAAAAGAGAGGCCCUCAGCAUCAUCAUGUCAAUAUUCGACCCGCUGGGCCUCAUCUCGCCAGUGACGACGCCCGCGAAGAGGAUCAUGCAAGACACGUGGCGCUACACUACGGCCUGGGACGAAGAAAUACCAGAAGAGCUGCGUGAACGCUGGGGAAAUUGGCUGCAACAUCUGCGCGACCUGGGUGACCUAUCGAUACCUAGAUGCUACGAUAUCGCGCCCGCGCCCAAGUACGAGCUACAUACCUUCGUCGAUGCGAGUGAAGAAGCCUACGCCGCCGCUGUAUACUGGCGCAUGACCCGAGCUGACGGCACAACGAAGGUCGCUCUAGCCGCCGCCAAGAGCAGAGUCACGCCCACGCGCCUCGUCUCGAUACCCAGACUUGAGCUCCAAGCGGCCGUCCUGGGCGUGCGACUCGCCGAGGCCGUCGGGAACGAGCACGACUUCGAGAUCGACAGUAGAACAUACUGGAGUGACGCGCGCACGGCCCUAGCAUGGAUACGCUCAGAACCCCGCACUUACAAGUCAUUCGUCGCGCACCGCCUGGCAGAAAUCGAAGAUUACACGAAAAAAGACGAAUGGCGAUGGGUACCGUCAGCACACAACGUGGCCGACGACGCGACACGCGCCGCGCCGAGCGACUUCGACACCCGACACAGAUGGUUCACCGGGCCGGCCUUCCUAUACGAACCGGAGGAGGCCUGGCCGCAAGAAAACAAGAUGAAAAUCGAGCCAACAGGGGAAGAAAAAGAAGUCUGCUGCUCCGUCGCGACGCCGAGAAAAAGCCGCGCGGCCGUGCCCGCCAUCGAAAACUUCUCGAAGUGGACAAGCCUAUUACGCACGGCCGCACGGGUGCUGCAGUUCAUCGACCUCUUGCGCGAACGACAAAAAAGUCGCGCUUCACUCGCGACACAGUGCAUCGCCGCGGCGCGAAGGAAAAGGACGCGCGCAAACAAGGACAGCGACAGCACCUGGGGAAAACGAGACAAGCGCGCUCCCGUCGUACCCAAGACGGUCGAGAAUAGCCGGAGGAGAAAAUACAUAAUACUAGAAGCCAGAUACCUACUCGCGGCCGAGAAGGUACUCGUGCGAACCUCGCAGGAAGAUAGCUAUGCAAGAGAGAGAAAGCGCAUAGCCGAAGGCCUCGCGCCGAACAAGGACGACCGGCUAGCCAAGCUGAGCGUGUAUCUCGACGAAGACGACAUCAUACGACAACGCGGCAGAAUAGCGGCCGCCGACGACAUAAGCGAAGACGCCGUGCACCCCAUAGUGCUGUGUGGUAAACAUCACUACACAUAUCUAUAUGUUUCCCACGUGCACGAACGGCUACACCACGGGGGCACCGAGACCGUCGUCAACGAGCUUCGCCAACGUGUAUACAUACCGAAGAUAAGACCUGCGGUGAAAAAGGUGAUCGCGCGUUGCCCCGAGUGUCGACUACGCAAGGCGAAGCCCGCCGGCCCGCCUACAGGGGACCUACCUGCUGCCCGGCUGGGGCAUCACCUGAGGCCCUUCACAUACACGGGGCUUGACUAUUUCGGCCCGCUUGAAGUGACCGUCGGCCGACACCGAGAGAAGAGAUAUGUCGCGCUGUUUACCUGUAUGACGUCAAGAGCCAUACAUCUAGAGGUGGCCGCCUCACUAACCACCGACUCGGCCAUCAACGCGCUGCGCCGGUUCAUCGCUCGCCGCGGCUGCCCCACGGAGCUGUGGAGCGACAACGGGACCGCUUUCAAGGGAGCGAACCGCGAGCUGACGGAGGCCAUGAGAGAGGCCGCCCACGCUCGCCGCAUCAACUGGCGUUUCCUACCCCCUCCUCACCCUUCAUGGCUGGUGUGUGGGAGAGAAUGGUGA